AUGUUUGGAACGUUUUUAUUGGAUAUAAUUAGUGAAGCGGCAGAUGAUAUAAUAAAAUUAAGUUGGAAUUUUAUCGAACAGUGUUGGGAAUAUGAUUUAUUAGGAAAAGUUUCUUUGAAAGAAAUAAAAGAUUCUAAUUAUGAUAUAUUAGAAUUUCUGAAAGCGUUAUUUGAUAUUGAUUUACAUAAUUUUUUAACCAUGAAUUUUUGGGAUUUAGGAUGGGAAACAAAAAUAGACAUAUUAUGUUCAAUAGUAUGUGGUCUUGAAAGCAUACAUGCAAAAAACUUGGUUCAUUGUGACCUUCAUAGUGGAAAUCUUUUGGUAAACUAUAAUUACUAUUCCGACAUGGGAAUGAAUUUAGGUUUAUGUAGAUUAGAAAAUGAUUUGAUUUUAAACUCUGAUGACGAGAAUGAUAUUAUUUAUGGUUCAAUUCCAUAUAUUCCACCCGAGAUAUUAAGAGGAAAUAAAGGUAAUGGAUUUACGAGAGAGGGCAAUGUUUAUAAUUUUGGUGGAAUAAUGUAUGAAAUAGUUACAGCACAACAGCCAUUUGCUGACCAAGCACAUGAUACUUACUUGAUGAUAGAUAUAUGUAAUGGUGUAAGACCAAAGGUCCCUGUUUUAAUGUUAAAUUGGAUUCCAGAAUGGUAUUUAGACUUGAUGUAUCGUUGUUGGAGUGAUGAUCCUUCUGAACGUCCAACUUCCUUUGAAUUAUGGAAUUUAUUUUAUGCAAUACGUCAAAGACGUUUGGAUAAUAUAGUGGAUAAUAACGUUAUGCAACAGCUUAAAAUUGCUGAUGAAAAUCAAAAAAAUACAUCAAAAUCUCAAAAGCAAGAAUUAUUUUCAUAUUCUAGUAAGAUACAUUCUCAAUCAUGUUAUAUUAGUCGAUAUAUUGAAACUCUUCAUGGAUUGAAUGGUUUAUUGGAAGGAAUAAAAUCUGGGGAAUCUUCAGGGCAUGAAGUACAAAUAUGUGGGAUAGACUUACCUGCCUCAAAAGUUUGCAGAAUGAUGAUAGCAUUAGUUCAUGGAACAUUAUGCUUAGGUAAAGACGAUGCUGUGGAAUCACCAAUAAAUGUAUUUUCAAAUGCUCUUCCUUCCCCCGAAAUUACAAAACUUGAGCUUUAUUUGAAACGAGAUUAG